AUGUUUAAUUAUCUAUUAGUCGUUUUUAUUCAUCUUACAUUCUCUGUUCUAUUUCAUUGUCUACACAUACAGGCAUAUGAAUUCAAGUCUAACGUGACUGAUUGCGCCGAAGAUUGCCUGACAGAUAAUCUUUACGUGAGCUAUGCCUAUGAUAGUUCGAAUCAUUCCUACGUUAUCUGGUUUACCGUCGAAUCAUGUUGGCAUCGGACGCCUAAUUUCUUUCGAUUUAUUUUGCGUGCAAUCGAUAUCCUCUCGCAUGCAACUGUCAACAGUAAACCAAUAGCAAAUUUCACCGAAAUUACUGAUCGCAACAAUAGUAUCCGUAUCCUCAAUCUUCAAUCAGGUAUCUAUGAGAUCUGUAUUGAAUUUGAACUGUAUAAAACCAAGUGGAUUUACCAACCUCGUAAUGCUUGUGUUGUUAUCCAAAGUCGUGAUCUGUUACAUGAAUCAUACAGACAAGAUCCGACAUCACUAAUGAUUGCCUUAGCUAGCGGUGUCGUACUUUUCUUUAUUCUCGGUCUCGUAGUUCAACGAGCAAAGGUGAAACGCAAAAGACGUGAUGACAACCAAGACGAUAAUCCUCGAGCACGAUCAUCCAGCGUUUUAUCAAUGACGUCAAUAAAACAACAUCGUGAUCGAUUAGUAAGAAAUUUAUUUCGUCGUCAUAUUGAACAACCACGUAUGUCGGCUAUACGUCAAUGGGCACACGAUCGAGCAUUUCGAUAUCGUGUGUCAACACGUGAUCAUCGUGCUCAAAAGCCGAGACGGUUACAACAAUGGAAGAAUAAUUUAAUCAGAUCUCGUGAGCAUUCAUUUGAACAACGAUCGAGAGCAGCCACUGAUUCUUCGGAUAUAAUUCCAUCAUCAGAACUAACUAUAACUGUUGAUCCCGUUUACACAAUCUCGGAGAGGACACAAAAUCAACCACUGUCGAGAAGAACUUCGCAUCAUCUAUUACCACCAUUAGAAAGAUAUAGAAUGGCUUAA